UAACGAUAUAUAUAUAAAAUUCCGCUCCUGAAAUAAUUAUAAGUAAAUAAGAUUCUGUCGUAGGGCUACAAGCUUACAAUGCUUACAGUUGUCCAUCACUUGCACCGAGAGGGACCACGUCAACAUGUGCCACGCGACUCACGCAUUUUACCAUGCGCGUAACACAAGCAGCUCACAUGAAAUAUCUUGCGUUGCGGACCAUGACGUGUAGUGAAAGGUAAUAAAAGCGGACCAAGUGGGUCCCACUUCGUGAGCCAAGGAAACAUUUUAACCGUUCCGAUUUGUGCCACGAUAGCCCCGUGAUUCUGUACGAGCGCCUCUUUAUAUAUUACGGUGGUGCCUCAUCUUUCCGAAAAAGCUAAUGAAACACCCCCCUUUCUCACACACACACACAAAUUUAGAACUAUGCCCCUGCUUGCCUCCUCCUCCAUCACCAGAUAACAGAGAGUCCACUUCUCAAGCUAGAUAACGGAUAACACAGAUCCCACAAAGUUGCAGAAAGCAAUUACAUGGUGAUGGAGGCUAACGACGUCAUCGCACCGUUCGUUAUGAAGACUUUUCAGAUGGUCAACGAUCCAACCACGGAUAUGCUAAUCACCUGGAGCAGAGGCAACAACAGCUUCAUCGUUGCCGACCCUUUAGAUUUCUCUCUGAGGAUUUUACCUGCUUACUUCAAGCACAAUAACUUCUCUAGCUUCGUCCGCCAACUCAACACCUACGGAUUCAAGAAGGUGGAUUCAGACAGAUGGGAGUUCGCCAACGAGUAUUUUUUGCGAGGGCAGAAGCACUUACUGAAGAACAUAAUGAGGAAGAAGCAUGCCAAGAGCCCGUUCGCGAUGCAAAUGAUAAUGAAGAGCGGAGAAUAUAAUCUUUUGGAGGAUGAGGAAAUAGUUAUGGAGAUAACGAGAUUAAAGCAGGAGCAGAAGUCGUUAGAGGAGGAGCUAGAAGGCAUGAACAAGCGGUUGGAGGCCACAGAGAGGCGCCCAAAACAAAUGAUGGCGUUCCUCAACAAAGUUGUGGAGGACCCAGACCUCCUUCCUCGCAUGCUUCUCCAGAAAGAACGCACUAAGCAUCUGACCGCCAUGGAAAAUAAAAAACGGCGAUUGAUAAUAUCUUCUAGUGAACCGAGCAGUACUUGCUAUAUGCAGCAGCAAGAAGACGAAUUAGCAACGGAAGUAACGCGGCGGGGCGUGUCGUCGUCUUCGUCGCCGGAGAGCCUUUGCCAGUCAUCGCCUUCCUCGGAUAACAGCUCCAUGGAGUGGGUAGAGGUGGCCCACAGAAAUGAUAAUUUACCGGCGAUAUUAAGCGCCGUGGGUUUAGGGAACGGCAGAACGGCGUCGCUGGGAACACCAUCUUGGGUGUUGCCGGUGGGGAGUAAUGGUGGGUAUUUUGGGGAAGUGAGUUAUUUGGGUAUUGGGGGUGCGGGGGAGACCAGUAGUUCACCACCACCUUAUCCAUUUUCGCUGUUAGAAGGUGGCUUUUAGUUUGGAUCACAUGAUUUUGCUCUUGGAUUUUAUCUUUUUGUCAUUAUUUUUCUUUUAUAAUAUUUUCUUUUUCCUUUUUUUAAAAAAAAAAAUUAUUUUUCCCUGUAAGAUCAAUAAGGAAAAAGAAAAAAGGUGGUGAAAUUAAUUAUAUGGGUAUGGGGAGUACAGGUGAUAUUUAUUUGUAUAUAUUCCUUAUACCCAUAUAUGUCUGUACAUGAUCUGAAAUUAAUGACAAUGGAAAAUGAAUGGCAU